AUGGACGCACAGACCUGGCCGGUGGGCUUUCGCUGCCUCCUCCUUCUGGCUCUCGUCGGUUCUGCCCGAAGCGAGGGAGUACAGACCUGCGAAGAAGUUCGGAAACUUUUCCAGUGGCGCCUUGUGGGAGCCGUCAAGGGGCUGCCGGACUCGCCGCGGGCAGGACCUGAUCUUCAGGUUUGCAUAUCCAAAAAACCUACGUGUUGCACCAGGAAGAUGGAGGAGAGGUAUCAAAUUGCGGCCCGCCAAGAUAUGCAGCAGGUGCUUCAAACAUCCAGCUCUACAUUAAAGUUUCUAAUCUCUCGAAAUGCAGCUGUUUUUCAAGAAACCCUUGAAACUCUCAUCAGACAAGCAGAAAAUUAUACCAGUAUACUUUUUUGCAAUACCUACAGGAACAUGGCCUUAGAGGCUGCUACUUCAAUUCAGGAGUUCUUCACUGAUGUGGGGCUCUAUUUAUUUGGUGCAGAUGUUAAUCACGAAGAAUUUGUAAACAGAUUUUUUGACAGUCUUUUUCCUCUGGUCUACAACCAUCUCAUUAACCCUGGUGUGACUGACAGUUCCCUGGAAUACUCAGAAUGCAUCCGGAUGGCCCGCCGGGAUGUUAGCCCAUUUGGUAAUAUUCCCAAAAGAAUAAUGGGGCAGAUGGGGAGGUCGCUGUUGCCCAGCCGAACGUUUCUUCAAGCACUCAAUCUGGGUAUUGAAGUGAUCAACACCACAGACUAUGUACACUUCUCCAAAGAGUGCAGCAGAGCCCUCCUGAGGAUGCAGUACUGCCCUCACUGCCAGGGCCUCACUCUCAGUAAGCCUUGUAUGGGAUACUGCCUCAACGUCGUGAGAGGCUGCCUGGCACACAUGGCAGACCUUAAUCCACACUGGCAUGCAUAUAUCCGGUCAUUGGAAGAGCUGUCAGAUGCGAUGCAUGGAACAUAUGACAUUGAACAUGUGCUCUUGAACUUCCACUUGCUUGUUAAUGAUGCUGUGAUACAGGCUCACCUCAAUGGACAAAAAUUAUCAGAACAGGUAAAUAAGAUUUGUGGCCGUCCAGUAAGAACACCCACACAGAGCCCCCAUUGUUCUUUUGAUCAGAACAAAGAGAAGCAUGGAAUGAAGAUGGCUACAAGGAAUGGGGAAGAGACACUUGCCAGCAGAAGAAAAGAAUUUAUCAACAGCCUUCGACUGUACAGGUCAUUCUAUGGAGGCCUGGCUGAUCAGCUUUGUGUUAAUGAAUUAGCUGCUGCUGAAGGAGUACCCUGCUGGAAUGGAGAAGAUAUAGUGAAAAGCUAUACCCAGCGUGUAGUUGGAAAUGGAAUCAAAGCCCAAUCUGGAAAUCCUGAAGUCAAAGUCAGAGGAACUGACCCUGUGAUAAAUCAGAUUAUUGAUAAACUGAAACAUGUUAUUCAGUUGUUGCAAGGUCGGUCACCCAAACCUGACAAGUGGGAACUGCUUCAGCUGGGCAGCGGCGGGGGCAUGGCAGAGCAAGUCAGCGGAGACUGUGACGAUGAGGAUGGCUGUGGAGGAUCAGGAAGCGGAGAAGUAAAGAGGACGCUAAGAAUCACAAACUGGAUGCCAGAUGAUAUGAACUUCAGUGAUGUAAAGCAAAUCCAUCAAACAGGCAGUGGCAGAACUUUAGACACAACUGGAGCAGGAUGUGCAGCAGCGACUGAAUCUAUGACAUUCACUGUGAUGGGUGUGGUGAUGUUACUUCCUUGGCUUUGGUAACUGAACUCUCUGUCCUGAUAUAACUUACUGGAGUCUUGAUUUCUCCCCUCUCUUCACAUGCCUGGAAUCAGAGAUCAUUUUUGAAUGUAACAAUUAUAUUUAUGAAAAGGUGUGUCACACUAACAUUUUAGAAGCCAAGUUGGAAUGUUCAUAAAGUCCCUAAAAAUCAACAUUUAAAUGAUACUCUUUUAAAAUAUGUCUUUUUUUAAUCUAACUUCAACCUUCUUAAAUUCUAAUACAUUAAAUCUUAAAAUGUGAAGAGGACAGAAGUGACUUUGAAUAGGAAGAAUUCAGUGUUAUCUAUGGUUUUAUUUUUCUCAAUUCCAAACCUCUGCCUUUCCAAAUUCAAAAUGUUUUCAUCUGAAGGUGUAUUUGCUGGACAAUGAAAAUAGUACAUAGUAUUUCUUAAAGUACUGGAAUUAGAAUUUCAUUAAAUGGAUCAAAAUACACAAUAGCAAGUAAUAUGCAUGCAUUUUCAAGAGACUUCCAUUUUUGCAAGCUAUAGAAGGAAAUUACUCAAAGUCUGUAAGUUACACAGUAAAUUUCUGAGGGGCAUUUCACAUAAUUUCACUGAAGGAGCCUGAUAAUUUUCAUCCACUGUAAUUUAGCCACUGACAAACCUUAAAGCUACUGAGUAUUUUAGUAGCACCUGAUUUGUAUUCCAUUCUAUUGAAAAUGCAUCUUUGGU